GCGGGAAUGUGGAGAGACCCCGUCGCUAUCGCAGACUACUUUACGCGCCUUUCUGGAGUCUCCGAUUGAUUUCGUCCACCGCUGUUCACCAAUCCGCCUCCUUUCUCUAAAGGGGUUUCGAAAUGGGGACGAAAGUUUCAGACCAUCUGCUCUCCACCGUCAGAUCAGUCGUGGGCUCCGAUUACUCAGACAUGGACAUUAUCAGAGCCCUGCACAUGGCGAAUCUCGAUCCGACGGCUGCUAUCAAUAUAAUCUUCGACACUCCCUGUUUCAGCAAAACUAACGACACAGCCCCCGCCGCCCCCGCCGCCGCCGUUAAUCCUGCCCCGAGGGGCGUUAAUGGAGGGAAGAGAGUGGAGGAAGGCUUAAAGUCAUGUCCUUUAAGUAAAGGAGGAGCGAAUCAUCGCGUGGAGGAGGAGGAAGAUGAGAGUGUUUCAGGGGAUGAGUGUUGGUGGUUCGUGGGAUGUUCCGAGUUGUCGGGGUUGUCGACGUGUAAAGGGAGGAGAUUGAAGGCUGGUGAUGAGUUGUUGUUCACGUUUCCGAGUAGUAAAGCGUCGAACUCUCAGACCACGACGCCUGUGAAGCGCUUUGGAAGGGGAAGGCCAGCUUCGCGUAAUGCUUCUGAUAUCGUUAGGUUCUCUACAAAGGAUUCAGGAGAGAUUGGUAGAAUACCAAAUGAGUGGGCACGGUGUCUUUUACCCCUUGUGAGAGACAAGAAGGUUAGGAUAGAAGGGAGGUGCAAGUCGGCGCCUGAAGCAUUGGGGAUUAUGGAUGCCAUCCUUCUUUCAGUAAGCGUAUACAUAAAUAGUUCUAUGUUUCAAAAGCAUAGUGCGACUUCACUUAAGGUAGCCACUAAUACGGCAGAAGAAUCUAUAUUCCAUCCUCUCCCAAACCUCUUGCGGUUACUCGGUUUGACUCCCUUUAAGAAGGCAGAGUUUACUCCUGAGGAUUUGUCCACUCGGAAGCGGCCUUUGAGCUCCAAGGAUCCCGUUUCUACUUCGUUGCUUCAAUUAAACAAGGUCAAGAAUCUUAAUAAAGAUGCAGAGGGAGAUGAAAACAAGCUUUGUAUCAGCGAUGGUGAUCUAGAUAACAUUGUUGGUGUUGGGGACAGUUCUGGUUUACAGGAAAUGGAAACUCCAGAUAAACUUGUGUGUGAGCUUCGUGCGUAUCAAAAGCAGGCACUUCACUGGAUGACCCAACUGGAGAAAGGAAACUGCACUGAUGAAGCAGCGACAAUGCUUCACCCAUGUUGGGAAGCAUACUGUUUAGCAGACAAGAGAGAACUUAUUAUCUACCUGAAUUCUUUCACUGGUGAUGCAACAAUACAAUUUCCUAGCACACUUCAAAUGGCAAGAGGAGGAAUUUUGGCAGACGCAAUGGGUCUGGGCAAGACUGUAAUGACCAUAUCCCUUAUGCUUGCCCAUUCAUGGAAAGCUGCAUCAACCGGGUUUCUAUCCCCCAUUAAUGAAGGAGACAAAGUGAUCAGCAGUUCUUUAGAUGAGUCUACUAGUCCUUCAGUGAAGUCAACUAAAUUUCCAGGCUUUGAUAAGAAGCUUCUGGAACUGAAAAGUGCCCUUGAAAAUGGUGGUAACCUAAUCGUAUGUCCGAUGACACUUUUAUCCCAGUGGAAGUCAGAGAUCGAAAUGCAUGCUAAGCCUGGGUCCCUAUCUGUAUAUCAACAUUACGGCCCCGACAGGCCAAAGGAUGCAAAACUUCUAUCCCAGAGUGAUGUUGUCAUCACCACAUAUGGGGUUCUAAUAUCCGAAUUUUCGGCAGAGAAUGCAGCCAAGAGUGAAGGGCUUUUUGCUGUUCGGUGGUUUAGGAUUGUUCUUGACGAAGCACAUAUCAUCAAAAACUCAAAAAGCCAAGCAUCCUUGGCUGCAGCAGCUUUGGUUUCUGAUCGACGUUGGUGUCUUACGGGUACUCCUAUUCAGAACACUUUGGAGGAUUUAUAUAGCCUUCUACGAUUUUUGAGGAUUGAACCAUGGGGAACUUGGGCAUGGUGGAAUAAACUCGUUCAAAAGCCAUUUGAAGAGGGAGAUGAGAGAGGGCUAAAGCUAGUGCAGUCUAUCUUAAAACCUAUCAUGCUUAGGAGAACCAAGUCUAGCACUGAUCGAGAAGGAAGGCCAAUUCUUGUUCUACCCCCUGCUGAUGCGCGGGUCAUUUACUGUGAGCUCUCCGAGUGUGAGAGGGAUUUCUACGAUGCGCUGUUUAAAAGAUCCAAGGUGAAAUUUGAUCAAUUUGUGGAACAAGGGAAAGCUCUACAUAACUAUGCUUCGAUCCUGGAACUGCUUUUGCGUCUUCGACAGUGUUGUGAUCACCCGUUUCUAGUAAUGAGUCGAGGGGAUACAGCGCAAUACUCUGAUCUGAAAAAGCUCGCUAAACGUUUUCUCGGUGAGAAGGAAGGAAAAGAUGUACCAUCAGUUGCUUUUGUUCAAGAGGUGGUGGAGGAACUGAGCAAAGGAGAGCAAGGAGAGUGUCCAAUAUGCCUUGAAGCGUUUGAGGAUGCCGUCUUAACACCGUGUGCUCAUAGAUUAUGUCGCGAGUGUCUCUUGGCAAGUUGGCGAAACUCUUCUUCUGGGCUAUGUCCUGUGUGCAGGAAAACUGUAAGCAAACAAGAACUCAUCACAGCACCAACAGAAAGUAGAUUCCAGGUGGACGUGGAGAAGAAUUGGGUAGAAUCAUCCAAAAUCACUGCUCUUCUGCAAGAGCUCGAAAGUUUUCGUUCUUCAGGAUCAAAGAGCAUUGUCUUUAGCCAAUGGACUGCGUUUCUUGAUCUCCUCCAAAUUCCCCUCUCUCGGAACAACAUUUCAUUUGUCCGUUUGGAUGGCACGCUAAACCAGCAGCAACGAGAGAAAGUUCUUAAAGAGUUUUCUGAAGAUAGCAGUAUCAUGGUAAUGUUGAUGUCUCUAAAAGCUGGUGGUGUGGGGAUAAAUCUAACAGCUGCGUCCAAUGCUUUUGUCAUGGAUCCAUGGUGGAACCCAGCAGUAGAGGAACAAGCUGUUAUGCGUAUCCAUCGUAUAGGACAGACUAAGGAGGUCAAAAUCAGAAGAUUCAUCAUUAAGGGAACAGUUGAGGAGAGAAUGGAAGCGGUUCAGGCGAGGAAACAGAGAAUGAUCUCAGGGGCUUUAACCGAUCAAGAAGUACGAAGUGCACGUCUAGAGGAACUCAAGAUGUUAUUCACCUGAAACUGUAGAAAACCUAUUUACCUCACCUGAAGUCUCUUAUCAUAACUGAAACUUGUCACAUUCUAUGCAAUGGGGGGCAGAGAUUAUAAAGGUAUUUUGAAAAUGUGGUUUACUCUUCUGAAGAGAUGAUGGACAGUUGUCACAGUUAUGGAGAAUGUUCAGAAGUUCGUUUUCAAGUGUAUCAUAACGGCUUUAGUUGUUUUGUUAUUAUAGAGAGCUCCUUGUAAUUGGAGUCGUUUUUUUUUUAAACUCAAUAUGGCUGGCUAACUGUAACUUGUACACAUGUGGUGCUCUUAUUACCCUGUUUAAGUUAUUAUGGAUUUUUACCA